AUGGUUCUUUUAUCUGGGACACAGAAUACAGAGGGAGAGGUAAAGACAGCAAAGAGAAAGUCAGAGGUGCCUACAAUUGAAGAAGAGAAUGAUUCCAUUGGCCCAGUAAAAGAAAACAGUGAACUGGAGGGAAUAGAUGAAACUAUUAAUGAAGAACAAGAUGAUAUUCCAUGGAUGGGUACAGGGGACCCUCUACCGCAGCUUCUGGCAGUUGUUCCCACAUUGGAACAUUGUAUUAGCAUGCACAAUUCCAAUUUAAAUACUGAAGAAGAAUGUGAAGAAUAUGAUGAUUUUUCUGAUGUUCGAAGUAUUGCUUCAGAUGACUCCUUUUAUCCCCCAGAUCUUGAAACACAUGGCUAUUGGAAGCACAGUGGAGAACAAGAAGAGGAGGACCAGUUUGAAAAUGAAGGACUUGAUAGUGAUAGUUAUAACAGUUUGGAGAGCCUGGCCAGUCCCGAACCAAUUACUUUGUUUAAAGCAUGUAGUAGUAAUAAUGUCAUUAUUUUAAAAGCUCUUAUGCGCCAAGGCUUGGAGGAGGAAGAGGUUGGAGAAACAGACAAAAACAACAGGACUGGACUUCUUGUAGCAUGCUAUCAAGGUUAUGUGGAUAUUGUAAUAGCUCUAUCACAAUGUCCUUAUGUUAAUGUGAACAGGCAAGACAAUGAAGGGAACACUGCUCUCAUAACAGCUGCACAAGCAGGGCAUAUAACUAUUACAAACUAUUUGUUGAAUUAUUAUCCUGACCUGGACCUUGAGAGGAGAAAUAUUCAUGGAUUUACAGCAUUAAUGAAAGCAUCAAUCCAAGGAAGAACAGAUUGUGUUCGAGCAUUAAUGUUAGCUGGUGCUGAUAUUCAGGCAGUGGAUCCAAGCCGUGGGUUCAGCUCCAGACAAUGGGCAAGAUUUACAGGGAGAUAUGAUACAGCAUAUCUUAUGCAAAAACUAUUAGACAGACCAUCUCCAGAGCAAUUUAGUAAUCAAUUCCAAAUGGAAUGGCCUAAAAUGAAGGAACUCCUUGCCAAAGCAGCAGAACCAAAGUCAUGUGCACAGAAAAUUUCAGAAUGUAUGAAAUCACUAUUUACUUUUAAUUAUUUUAGUGAACCUGAGGAGGAUGGUGUGCUUGAUCACAUGGUAAAAAUCACAACAAGCCUGAACAGCCCAUUCAUUGCAGUCAGUACCAGAACAGUGUGCCCAGAUAGCCCCCCAUGUGUUGGGAAACGUAGAUACUCUGUGCGGGAGAUCCUAAGAAAUCAAAAAGCAAAUGAAAUCAGAGCUUUAGAUGAAAAUCGCACAAAGACUCGUACAAAAAUUUUCAAUAACUCAUGCAUUACUGUAAUUUCCAAGAAAAAAGAGAGAAGAGCUAGUCUUCAACUACAUUCAUCACAAAUCAGUGAUGUGAAGUCUACCAGAAGAACAAGUCUUUUGCCAUUAAACUUGCUAAGAAGAAGCAGUGUAAGGCCAGGAUUCAUAGUACCAAAAGUUCGUAUCACCAAGGCCCCCACACCAACAUACCAUCCUGAUAAAACAAAUAGACGUAGCACUAUGAAAGACAAUACCUACUUACAGAUUCCAAAAUGGCGUUACAAGGAGUUAAAAGAAGAAAGGAAAAAGGCAGAAGAGGAGGCUCUAAGAAAACUUCAGGAAGCCAAGGAGAAAAAAACACAAGUUGUAAAAAAAGGAAGUUUAACUUAA